AUGGGAAACACCUUGCUGACCAGCCAGAAGAUAGCAUGUGGCCAUACAGAUCGUGCACAUUUGCAGCAGAACUUGCUGUGUGACAGACUUUCUCAACCGACGGCAGAGAUGGUGGAUGCUUUGCUGUUCUUGCAAGAGCAUACGGACGAGCUAGUGCUGUUUGGAAAGUCACUGCUUCGGCCGGAACCAGGAUCAAGGCCGUCGGUGGAGUUGGUGGCUAGCUGCUGCUGUACACUUUUUGAGUAUCACUCUGCACGACGCGAGGGAGAGGAGGGACAAGGCGUCUUAGCUGCGUUUGCAGGUGUUCUCGAGCAGCCUCAGCAGUUCCUGCAGGACUUGAUGUCAAUGCGAGCGCAGGCCCUGCCCAAGGAGAAGAUCACACAAGUGGAGUUCCUUCUUCAAGAGGUGGACAUUCAAGCCGCCACCCUUGGUUCAGACGAGGUGCUGGAGAAAGUCGCGGCAUUUGUCAAGGCCGCUGUGGACUGCGCAAAGAUCUACUGUGAGAUCCGAGAAGCUGCACAUCUUGGUCAAAUUGAUCGGCACCAGGCUGCCAAGCUUCUGGAUAGCCCGGAAAGCGACCAGAGGAGGAUGAUCUCUGCGAUGCACACUGGACGACCCGAUGGAUCACCACCAGCAGGGCACAAGGAACCCUGA